GCUCCGAGCGCGCAUUGAAUGCUGGGAGGCCAGGCGAGUGACCGGGCUGGGAGUGGCUCUCGGUGACCGGGUUGGCUGUGUGUGCUGGGAGUGGCUGUCAGUGACCGGGCUGGCUGUGUGUGCUGGGCGGAUGGCAGAUAUGGAGGAGGUGGCUGUGGGCAGGGUGAAGGCUGAUCUUCCUGCUCCCAGUGAUCAGAGCCCCGAGGGCAGACUGGAUGUGCGGCAGGUUUUGUUCCAAGACGAGGACAGUGCCAGUGACUAUGGGAGCUACAAGAGACUCGGGAAAACCAUACCGCACUUUGUAUCCACAGGGAACAUGCUGUUUCCAGACCUCUUUCAGACGAACAAUCUCCUGUUCUAUGAACGGUUUGAGGCUUACAAGGAUUACUUGCUUGGGGACGCUAAGCCCUCAGAAGUGAAGGAUUUCAUUGCAGAAUAUGUGGAGAAAGCAAUAGAGCCCGAGGGCUGGAAGGCCGUUUGGCACACGGAUAUCUUUGAUGUUCUGGUGCAGGCGACUGACAUCCAAUAUGUGGACCUUAAAGCCGCGGUGGUACUAUGUGAGCCGUUCCUGUGUGAAUCACGUGUCCGUGACCUGACACGCGAGGGUAUCCUGAACCUUCUGGAGGUGAAAGAGCAGAAGGUCCCGCUGCAGGAACUCCACGUGGUGUUUGAUGAUUCAGGGGAGUUUGAUCAGACCGCACUCGUUGUUGAGCACGUCCGAUUCUUUUACCAGCACGUUUGGCGGCCGUGGGAUGAGGAGGAAGAAGAUCACAUGGAUUAUUUUGUGCGCUGUUGUGAACCUCGCUUACGCUUUCAUUAUGAUGUUCUGGAAGAUCGCAUCCCAUCGGGUCUUGUUUCCGAAUAUCGCAAGAUCCUGUCUGAAUGCGAAGAGGUUUACAUGCAGUUUAACAAUCUCCGGAACACGUUGUCCAACAAGGAUUCCGAUUCUGACUCUGAGCUGGAUAAUGUCUCCAUGGUGGAAGGAAUGAAAAUGGAUGAAAAGAUGGAAAACCUAAAAAGGAAACUAAAACUCAUUGAAAAUCCUCUCCUGAGAUAUCUCUUCUGUUACCAGCGAAACUCAGCUUCUUACAAUGUCCAAUCCAAAGGCCCCCGUCCAGGUGGAGGAAGGGUGAUCCACGUGGUAUCAACGACUAUGUCCGUGAGCACGUUACAGUGUCUGACAGAGGAUAGACUUCAACCUGAGGCCGGCAGCCAAAAUAUCGAGCUCCAGUUUCAUAGUGAUCCAGUUGAAGCUGUGAACGCUUGUUAUGAAGGAGAUCUUAUCAUUGUCUGUCCUGGGCGUUACGUUGUGUAUGGUCUGAUCAAUAUUGCCGACUCUAUCGAGCUGGAAGGGUACGGUUUGCCUGAUGAUAUCGUUAUCGAGAAAAUGGGCAAAGGAGACAGUUUUGUGGAUUGCACAGGAGCCCAUGUCAAAAUCUCAAACGUGAAGUUUGUGCAGCACGAGGGGGUGGAAGGGAUUAUCACUGUCCAUAGCGGAAAGGUGGAACUUGAUAACUGCGUGCUGCAGUGUGAGACCGCCGGGGUCACCGUGAAGAAGUCUGCAGAGUUGCUGAUGAAAUAUUGCGACUUGUUUGGAGCGAAGGGAGCUGGAUUGGAGAUCUUCCCUGGUAGUGUUUGCACUUUGAUUGGGAAUGGGAUCCAUCACUGCCGAGAUGGGAUACUGAUCAAGGACUUUAUUGACAUUGUUUAUGACAUCCCUAAAAUAAUCAUGGAGAAUAACAAUAUUCACAAUAAUGAAGGCUAUGCAGUUGUCUUAGUUAAGCCAGGCCCUAUCUUGGAUAAAGACAGCCUGGAAUCACAGAAUGUUGGAGGUCUGGAUGAGAACAUAAGAGAAGAUGACCCGAUUAUCCCAGAGUCAACGUGCCCAGUAAAUGAAGAAUUCAAAGUUUGUGAUGCCAUCAAGAGCGAGGAAUUGGAAAAUAAUCCCACCGUAGAGAGCAGGGAAAUUGAAGACACUGAUGUAGUCACAAAUGAGGAAACUGUAGGUAAUGACUGCAAAUCAAGGGACACAUUUAAUCCUCAUCCCACCAUAAUUAACGAGGAAACCGAAGGCAACGACACUAUUGCAAAUGAACUGAUUGCGUAUUCAAGAAGGAAAAAAGCAAACAAGAAGCGGUUGAGCACUCUAGGGAUCACAGAAGCAGCUGAAGAUAUACUCGUAUCACAAGAGAUGUUUAUGUCCAUAGUGGGGAACCACUUUAAACGCAAUGGGAAGGGCAGCUUUGGAACCUUCCUGUUUUGAAGAUAACCCCCCCCUGAAUUAUAAAUUGCUGAAGGACAUGCAGCUUUUAACAUUCAGGUCUGCUGUGUUCACUUUAAUGCUACAAAUUGCACGUGUACAUGAAGCAGGACAUGGACGAUAAAAGUUUAGAGAAUUUGUUUUAUGUUUGGGUGCUGACGGGCAAUAACUUUGUAUACUACUCAGAGUAACUUUCCUUUAGGGGACUGUCGGGGCUGAUUCUGAGUGGGCUAAAAUGCAUAUUUGAAGAGAAACUUUUUUUUUUUCAUUUUUGUACAUUACUGUAGCACACUUAGUGAGCUGUUAUUCACAGAGAAAUAACCAAAAUCUGCAAAUUAUGUGUUUUUGAAAUCUAGUCUUAAAGAUUCCAUAACAGUCAAUACAAGUUUUGUGCUGAAUGUAAUGGUGUGGGAUAACAUUUAUAACAUAUGGUGGGUUGGGAUUCACAGUGCGAGUUUGCUGGAGUCCGUUUUAGAUAGAAUUAGAUCGGAAUGCAGUUCUUUAAAGUUAUAUAAUUUCUCUGCAAACCGUUAAAACAGGUUUGUACAACAUGCACUUUAUAUUGCACUUCCAAAGCUCCACAUAUUUUUUUAACACAAUGUCUUAAAGCAAUGUGUGUAUGUAUAAUAAGUAAACAUGUUUCAUUCUCUAAACAGGUUUAAAU